ACCUUUCAAACGCCGUUCUUGACAGUGUUGGUCGCUGCUCUUUGGCACUGGGAGCCGACUCUGACUCCGCCCACGCAUGAUGUCACGACGGGGGUGGAAUUCGUUGGUUCUGUCGAAGGGUCAUGAGGACUCGAAACGUCAACUCUUUUCUUCUCCGCCGAUGCUGCCAGACCUGCUGAGUUUUUCCAGGUAAUUCUGUUUUUGUUGUGGAAUUCGUUGACUCGCGCCUGCGCUUUCUGGCUCUCGAUGUGUUUUAGGAUUUUCCUGUGCAUCUUCACUGUUCAAGGUGAAACCAAGUGCAUUUUCCUUCUAAAGUAGUGAAGAUCUGGUAAUAUGUUACCACAAGGGAAGAAGCUGCUCAUGAAGAUUUUCCGGUUUCAGCUGUUCAAUCUCAAGCAUACAAGGGCAAAUUUGAACACACGAAGUUUCACGACCAUGUCCCUUCCAAAACAUCUAAGACGAGUUGUCAUUACUGGAAUUGGCUUAGUAUCUCCACUUGGAGUUGGCACUCAACUCACAUGGGACCGAAUCUUGAAAGGAGAGAGUGGUAUUAUAUCUUUAGAUGCGAGUCAAUACAGAGACUUGCCUUGUAUGAUAGCUGCCUGUGUGCCUCGUGGUGAUGGGGAAGGAGAGUUCAAUGAAGAAAAGUUUGUUUCAAAAUCUGAAGCAAAGUCUAUGUCAACUGCAACAAUAAUGGCAAUAGGAGCAGCAAAUCUUGCUUUCAAAGAUGCUGCCUGGUACCCACAGUCUGAAAAGGACCAGGUCACCACUGGUGUCGCUAUUGGUAUGGGUAUGGUCCCACUUAAUGAAAUUAGCAACACUGCUGCAAUAUUUACAACCAAAGGUUAUAAAAAAGUGAGUCCUUUUUUUGUUCCCAGAAUUCUUCCCAAUAUGCCAGCUGGACAGAUCAGUAUUAAGUAUAACCUUAAAGGCCCAAAUCAUGCAGUAUCGACUGCCUGUACCACAGGAACGCAUGCUAUUGGGGAUGCUUCAAGAUUUAUCCUCCACGGAGAUGCGGAGGUGAUGCUGGCAGGUGGAACCGAGGCUUCAGUUAACCCCUUAUCUAUUACAGGCUUUGCAAGAGCACAUGCUCUCUGCACUAGCUGCAAUGCUACCCCCAAACUGGCUUCACGUCCAUUCCACCCUGACAGAGAAGGGUUUGUAAUUGGAGAGGGGGCAUCAGUGCUGCUACUGGAGGAAUAUACACAUGCUGUAACAAGAGGAGCACGAAUCUAUGCAGAAAUACUAGGUUAUGGACUCUCUGGGGAUGCCUGUCAUAUAACUGCUCCCAGCGCUGGAGGAGAUGGGGCAAUUAGGUGUAUGUCUGCUGCAAUGAAUGAUGCUGGAGUAACACCAGAGGAUAUUACAUAUAUCAAUGCCCAUGCCACAUCCACACCACUAGGGGAUGCAGCUGAGAAUCAAGCCAUCAAGAGAUUGUUUAAAGAGCAUUCAGAAUUCCUUGCUGUUUCUUCCACUAAAGGAGCUACUGGUCACCUCCUGGGGGCAGCUGGAGCCAUAGAAACUGCAUUCACAGCACUGGCGUGCUUUCAUGGGAUCUUCCCUCCUACUGUGAAUCUUGACAAGACAGACUCAGAUUUUGAUUUGAAUUAUGUCCCUAUGAUAGCUCAAGAGUGGAAAACUUCAAAAAGACGUAUUGCACUGACUAAUUCAUUUGGAUUUGGAGGCACUAAUGCAACACUCUGCUUGGGGAGUGUCUAAUUAUUUUUAUAAUAAAUAAUUGAAAGUU